AUGUCAGACUCCGAUUCCAACGAUUCCGUUCUGGGGGCUUCUGCAAAAAGGAUGAGAGGCGCUCACAAUAUUGCACACCAGUCACCCUUCGCUACACAGCCAUCAGCCAUGGUCACUGACCAAUUCACUGAGCCCGACUAUCGUGUUGCGCUCGACUUUGGCACGACAUAUACUAGCAUCGCGUUCGUUAGAAAGGGCGAACGAGAGAUCAACACCAUUGAUCAGUGGGAUGGAGAUCGCUGUCAUCAUUCCAAUGGGAGACAAGUCCCAACGGAAAGUGUCUAUCGCCCUGCUUCCAGACUACACGGCUACGAAGCACAACGCUGGCUAGAGGAGUCACAACCCGACGACGCAGUCAUAGCUCACAUCAAACGAAUGAAGCUGCUCCUUGACGACACGGGUUGUGUCUGGACUCAAGAUGCUAAAAGCGAAGUUGCGAAGGGAAUACAGAAACUUCAAGCCCAUCACUUGAUAGAUUCUGAGCAGGAUAUCAUACGACACAUAUUGAAAUAUUAUUUCCGCCACAUCAAGCGAACUCUGGAAAUGGCUGAAGGCUUCCACGAUGGUAACUCUGGUACGUGA